UUUUGAUUGAUAUUAUAAAUUUAUAAUUGAAUAAAUUUUAUUUUUUUAAUUUCAAUUUUACUCUCAAAAUCUCAAUGUCUUCGGGUAAGUCCCGUGUAUCAUCAUCAACGGGGGAUGAUGAUGAGCGGGAUCCGGCUAGAAAAUAUGGGACACCGAAUCCAAACAAUCCUUAUGCGUGGACUUGUCAAUUUUGUCUAAAAGUGACAAAUGGAUGAGCAUUUCGCAUGAAACAACAUAUAGUGGGUGGUUAUAGGAAUGCAAAGAAAUGUCCUAAGGCUCCGGAACAUGUUCGAGUAGAAGUGAAUGCUUAUAUGAUAAAGAAAGCAACUAGCAAAGUGAUGAAGCAUUUUGCUAAAAAUCCACCUCAAUGUGUUGAAGAUGUUGAUGAUGAAGAAGAUGAUGAAGAGAUGGAAAUUGGAGGUAGCUCACGUACCAUGACGAGUAAGAAGGCCCCGGCUCCAAAGAGGAUGAAAGGUCCUUUAGAUGUUUAUCUUGCUUGUAGCCAACCUAGUUCUCAAACUCAUGAAGUAUUGAAGGGAAGAAAAGAAAGAAAAGGAGUCUUUGGUGCUAGUGACAAGUUAUGUAGGGAAAGAGCUUGUAAAGCAAUUGCAAGGUUCUUUUAUGACAAUGCUAUUCCUUUCCAUCCGGCCACUAGUGAUAGUUUCAAGAACAAGGUUGAAGAAAUUGGACAAUAUGGUCCCGGAUUGGAACCACCGAGCAUGUAUGAGCUAAGAGUUCAUUUUCUUCAAAAGGAAGUGGAAGACACGGACACCAAAGUGUUGGAGUUCAAGAAAGAAUGGGCCACAAAGGGAUGUUCUAUUUUAUCCGAUGGAUGGCGUGAUUCGGUGGUGCAAAAGGAUAUUGUGAGCUUCCUUGUCAAUUCUCCAAAAGGGCCCGUGUUCAUCAAAUCGGUGGAAGUAUCCGAAGUUGUGAAAGAUGCAAUCACUUUGUUUCAAAUGCUUGAUUCUAUUGUUGAGGAAGUUGGAGAGGCAAAUGUUGUGCAAGUGGUGACGGAUAAUGCAUCUAACUAUGUCAAAGCGGGGAAAUUGCUUAUGACAAAAAGACCACAUCUUUAUUGGACUCCAUAUGCCGCACAUUGCGUGGACUUGAUGUUGGAGGAUAUUGGAAAGCUUCCAAAGAUCAAGAAUGCCCUCAAGAAGGCGAUCUUCAUGAAUGGUUAUAUAUAUAACCACGUCACCGUUGUCAACAUGAUGAGAAGAUUCACAAAUCAAAGGAAUUUGCAUCAACCGGCGGUCACAAUGUUUGCAACUUCCUUUAUCACUCUUGCACAAUAUCAUAAGCAAAAGAACAAUUUGAGGAAGAUGGUGACUUCGAAAGAGUGGAAUGCUUCAAAGUGGGCAAAGGAAGCGGGGGGAAAGAAGGUGACAGCUUAUAUUUUGCAAGACACAUUUUGGAGGAAUGUGUUGUAUGCUCUUAAGUUGGGAGGUCCUCUUGUGACGGUACUUCGGAUGGAUGGCGUGAUUCGGUGGUGCAAAAGGAUAUUGUGA